CACUUUGCGAGCUUUGACAAAUCAACCUGCACUCUGCACUUCGUCAUGCUGGCAUUGCUGCACGUCCGGCCGCGCAGUGGCGUUCCUGGCACCUGCGGCGAUGGCAGUAUACUGGUAGUACCGCACUAUUAAGACUACGGUGGCAGCAGGACGGAUCUACCUACGUUAGCAGCUGUGCAUUUGGACCAGGGGCCAAAGGCUUUGGUGGAGGCAUACUACCAGAAUGCUGGCCCAGGUUCCGUGGAAGUAACGGUUCAACGGCAAAGCUGAUGUUGAUAAGACUAUUGUAUUAGGUCCGUGUGGUAGUUCUACUCCUGGUUGUGGUGGUGCAGCCCUUCGCUACGUACCCGCCGACAUGGCGCUGUCGUGGACCGCUUCUUUUCUUCGUUGCCGCUCGCUUGAGUGGGCCGCGCUGCUGCGCCCCUGCGCCGCCUUGCCUCUCGCACCCCUGGCCCACCAGCCCUUCACCUCGCAUGCCUCGCUCGAGGUGCCCAAGUCUUCUGCCAUGGCCGCCCCCGUCAACAGCUCCCUUGCGGGGUUGCCCCAUCAAAGUGUCCCGUGCGAGCGGGAGGCGCUGCUGACGUGGCUGCGGCUGCUGCCCGGGCAGUCAUGGGGGUGGUCGCCACGACCACGCAUCGACGCAGAGGCGGAGAGGGACUGGCAGCGCCUGCUGCUGCUGCCGCAAGGGGCGUGGAUCGGGGUGCCAAGCACACAGGAGCAUCAGAGCCCGCCCAGCUGUCCUCCUACCUUCGGGCCAGAGGCGCUGCAGGCCGCCACCAAGCGCACGUACCAGCCCAGUAAUCUGAAGCGCAAGAGGACGCACGGCUUCUUGAUCAGAAAACAAAGUGUUGGGGGACGACGGGUUUUGGCAAGGCGAAUCGCAAAGGGACGGAAAAAACUCUCUGCUUGAGCGGUCACCGGGCUUGCUUGACACUCAGCAGCCAGUUUGGCGGAGUGGGGAACUACCUUGCACGUGGGGCUCGAUAACAGUCUUCAGGUCUGCAUUUGCGCCGCCGGAUCGACAUUGGUCGUUGCUUGCGCAACCAUUGCAAGUUCUCUAUAUUCCAAGUUCAUUUUGAUCGCAGCGCUUUUUACAGUCUACUCAGGUCGCUUACUACACAUUAUGAAUGGCAGCCCCCCAAUCUGCCACAUAUGCUUGGUCGUUCACUGACCAACAUCGAGCUCAUUUUUGUAAAC